AUGUCAAACGAGAGAGAAAAGGUGGCAUUCAGUGCCUUGACAAACUAUGGUGCAGCCUACGGACCCUUCGACAUGGACAAAACGCUGGUGUACAAGAAAGUGAUUACUAACAUCGGUAAUGGCUACGACCCCUCUACAGGUAUCUUUACUGCACCUGUUGCGGGUAUUUAUCAUUUUACCUUCUUAUAUCAUGCUGGAGGAGAGCGAGCAUCAAAGCUGAUCCUGAAGAGGAAUGGGGAAGAAAUUACCAUGACGGGUGAUAACAAAUCACAGUACGAGAAGUCUAAUAAUGGAGGAAAUGCAGUGUGCCUGCAAAUGAAGAAAAUGGAUAGGGUGUGUGUGGUCCUGGCUGCAAAUUGUCAUGUUUGGGGAUCUGAGCAUACUAGCUUCAGCGGCUUUCUGGUCUGUGAAGAAUGA